GACACGGCCCACUUCUUGCAAGAGUCUCCGUCUCGUCAUGGCUGCUACGACCCGAGCUCUGGUGUUCGGCCGGUGGCUGGCGGACGCGAUCCGUUUGGACCUCGUCGGUCCCAAGCUUCGCAUCCUCGACGCCUCGUGGCAUCUACCGAAACUGGAGCGGGACGCGAAGGCCGAGUUUGUGCAGAAGCACAUUCCGGGCGCCUUGUUCUUUGACAUAGACGAAUGCAGUGACCGGAGCUCCGCGUAUGGUUUCAUGCUGCCAACCUCCGACCACUUCUCUCAGUAUGUCGGAGCCCUGGGCAUCGGCAGCGACACGCACGUAGUCGUGUACGACACCAGCGACUUCGGCUCGUACAGCGCGCCCCGGGUGUGGUGGAUGUUCCGUCUGUUCGGACACGACUCGGUGUCGGUGCUGGACGGAGGUCUGAAGAACUGGCUGGCCGACGGUCACCCGGUGACCCCUGAGUGCUGCACACCGGAGCGCAGAGAGUUCAGGGCCACGACGAACGCGUCGUGGGUGAAGAGCUACGAGGACGUGCUGGAGAACGUGGGAACCAAACAGGUGCAGGUGGUGGACGCCAGGCCCGUUGGCAGGUUCCGGGGGGUCGAGCCAGAACCAAGAGAUGAUAUUCCGCCGGGCCACUUCCCCGGUGCAAUCAACCUGCCCUUCACUUCUUUCAUGGACGCCUCUGGAAAGGAACUGGGCACUGAGGAGCUGUCAAAACGGUUCAUAGAGGCAGGGGUGGACCUGGAGAGACCACUGUGGGCCACCUGCUCUGCCGGUAUCACAGCGUGUCAUGUUGUGCUGGCUGCUCAUCUGCUCGGCCGCGCUGGGGUGUGCGUUUACGACGGCUCCUGGUUUGAAUGGUUCAUGAGGGCAAGUCCGGAGCAUAUCAUCUCAGAGGGAGAAGGAAAGAGGGUAUGAACAAACAAGAGGAGAGGCAGUGGACAACUACACAUCUGAUGUUGCUUUUACAUGGGGAAAGAUGUUUGUCUGCACCAGCUAUACACAGUGUUGUCGAAGCAUGUGCACGAUGAGCUUGUUAUAAAACUAACUAACACAACGGGUGCGGGUUUUGGCAGGUGUGAGAAAUGUUUCAUGGAAAUCUCCUAUAUAUUAUGCAAAUUAUCACAAUUUUGAUUAAGAGAAACUCUUGUGAUUUAGAAAAAUUUACAACUUUCCUAACAUAACAUGACAGGGUUUGGUUGUAUUUUGAAUGGUCUGAGUAGUUUUUGAUCAAUCUUCUAUAAAAAAAAAAAUUUAAGACAUGAGAGGAAAUGAUAUGUCAACAUUGUCAAAAGGAUAAAAUGUCAUUUGGA